AUGAUUCCCUUAGACUCGUAAUUAUGGAAAAUAGGAACCAAAGAUUUAGAAGUUAAAUAAUGGGAUUAAUUCAAUGUAAAAUUAGUUUAGACAACUAUUCAAAUCAUAUUUACUGAAAAUAAUUAUAUCAAAUAUGUAUAAGAUGGAGUCAUUUUGAGAAUGUAACAAUUAAUUUAUAAUUUAAAAGGGAAUAAGUCAUAGACACUUAGAAGGAGCCAGAACUAUUGACUAAUAUGGAAUAGAUUAAACAUUUUUAAUAGUAAGGGAAAUAUGGAAAUAAUAAAAAGAAAAUGGGGAAAUGGAUAACAUCUUGGCAAGGAACAGUUCUUACUAAAAUAGGAGGGUACUAUGAAGAUGGAUUAAAAUAAGGUUUAUGGAAUUAAAUUAUUAAGAACUUUUGGAGGUAAGCAAUAUAUAAAUAAAAAUAAGUCUAGCUCAAGUUUAUGAGAGUGGGGAAUACUUAAACGAUUUUAAAAGGGGAGCAUGGAAAUUUAUUUAUAAGAAUAAAAUCAUGUAUUAUUAAAAUUAAUUGUAAGUGGUGGUGGAUCAUACAACGAUUAAGGUUAGAGAAAUGGUAAGUGGAUUGAGUUGAGUGAAGGAUUUUACAAUUAUUCGUAGAUAACGUAUAAGGGCGAAUAUAAGAACGGUAAAAAAGUUGGUAAUUGGGAUAUUUUUUGGCAAAAGGAUUUUGGAGAUAAGCUCUAUCAAUAAAUGUAAAUAUUAAAGAAAUUAGUUUUAGAGGAGGUGGCUCAUAUGAUGAUUAGGUGGAUGGAGAUUCAAUUAAGAUAGGAAAAUGGACUGAGUUUUGCGAUGAUUUUCACUCUUAUUUGUUUGGCUCAAAACAGGUAACCUAUAAUGGUGAAUAUAAAAAUGGCAAAAAAAUUGGAAUAUGGAUGGAAAUAGAUAGAAAUAUUGAAGUAAAAGAAAUUUAAUAUGAUAAUUGA